GUUUCCCUGUAAAUAAAUGCCCAUUACUUAAUUCACUGAAAUAUCUUUGUCUCCACUCUGCAAGAUGUGGAUGUUUUAUUUGACCUCUGUCUGUGUGUAUUUUUUUUAAUUAAUUCUUUCACUUCAUUUAUAUAUGCAGACAAUGCAUACACUCUCUUGUGCUUCUCUCUCUCUAUAAUUAUAGUUCUUAAAUGAUUAGGAGAAAUGAAAUUGAUUACAAGUUAAAAGCUGUCACUAAUGAUUUCAUAGUUCUUGUUCUUGUUCUUGUUAUAUUUCCUAGGACGAUUGUCGGAUCUGAAUUGUCGAUUCACAACCGAAUUCUCAUGGAUUGAACAUACAAAAACCCUACUUUCCGAGUCCUCUGUCUUUCAAAACCGCAUUUCGGGGGUGAUGAUUCAAAAUUAAAAUCCCGGAACUGUUCUAAUUUAGAUUUAGAAAAAAGGGUUUGUGGAAUUGAGUAACGUAAAGAUGGGAUCGAGAGAAGAGAGACAUCAACAUCAUGAUCUUGUCCCAUUAGCUGCAUUGAUCAGUAGAGAGAUGAGAAGUGAGAAAAUGGAGAAACCAACUGUUCGAUAUGGAUAUGCAGCUCAAUCAAGAAAAGGCGAAGAUUACUUCAUGAUGAAAACCGAUUGCCAAAGAAAUUCCGGUCAUCAAUCAUCAAGCUUUUCAGUUUUCGCAAUAUUCGAUGGUCAUAACGGGAAUGCUGCAGCAGUUUAUUCAAGGGAUAAUCUUUUAAACCACAUCUUGAGUGCGAUUCCUCGUGGUCUUGGACGUGAAGAGUGGCUUCAGGCAUUACCUCGGGCAUUGGUUGCAGGUUUUGUGAAGACCGAUAAAGAGUUUCAAAGAAAAGGUCAAACUUCUGGAACUACUGCUACUUUUGUAAUUGUUGAUAGAUGGACUGUAACAGUUGCUUCGGUUGGUGAUUCACGUUGCAUUCUUGAUACACAAGGUGGUGCUGUGUCUGUUUUGACUGUUGAUCAUAGACUUGAAGAGAACGAAGAGGAAAGGGAGCGUGUAGCGGCUAGUGGCGGAGAAGUAGGGCGGCUGAGUAUUCUUGGUGGGGCCGAGAUUGGUCCCCUUCGUUGUUGGCCAGGAGGGUUAUGUCUUUCAAGAUCAAUCGGGGACAUGGAUGUUGGAGAAUUUAUUGUUCCAAUACCAUACGUAAAGCAAGUGAAGUUGUCAAAUGCUGGUGGAAGGCUUAUAAUCGCUUCCGAUGGCAUUUGGGACGCCGUGUCAUCUGAGAUGGCUGCAAAAUCUUGUCGUGGUUUGCCUGCUGAACUCGCUUCUAGGCAAGUUGUCAAGGAAGCAUUGAGAACAAGGGGAUUAAGAGAUGAUACAACCUGUAUAGUUGUGGACAUAAUUCCGCCGGACACCGCUAUGCCGCCACCAUCUCCACCACGCAUCGUUGAGGAACUUUUUGAAGAAGGUUCAGCCAUGCUUGCAGAAAGGUUGGGGAACGAGGAGAGUGGUGGUUCAUCAACAACGGGUCUUUUCAUGUGUGCGGUUUGUCAAGUUGACUUAGGGGCAAGUGAAGGGAUAUCGGUUCAUGCAGGUUCUAUCUUUUCAACAAGCUCAAAGCCAUGGCAAGGUCCAUUUCUUUGUGCUGAUUGUCGUAAUAAGAAAGAUGCUAUGGAGGGAAAGCGACCUAGUGGGGUGAAAGUUACUUAGAUGAUUUAUUUGAGGUAGAUGAUUGAUUUGAAUCUAAAGGUGGUGUGACACCAUGAUGUAUAUGUGGUAAUUGGUAAUAAUGUUUUCAUGAGUUGUGUAGUGUAUGAUGGAAAUUUAGGAUUGAAGAGUGUUUAUUGUUUUGUAAAGAUGUUGAUAGAAAUUUAACAAAUUUUGUAGGGUGUUGAGUUGAGAAAAAGACAAGUUAAUUAAGAACAUUGAUUGAUUCGGGUGUGUCCUUGUUUAUGGUACUAAAAACGGUUUAUCUAUGAUUAUGACGUUCUUUAUA